AUGAUCUCGCCUAGCUCGAAUCCCUUGAAGCCCUUAACUUAUGCAAAGGUUGCUUUUUUUGCAAAUAGCUUCAAGAGGCUUAAAAGCUCCCAACAGUGGUUAAUUCGCCAAAAGGCCGAUCCAUAUGUCGAAAAAGCAAAAAUAAAUAAUUAUAGAUGUCGAAGUGCUUUUAAAUUGAUAGAAAUAAAUAAUAAAACUAACAUCCUGAAACCAGGUCUCACAGUUGUGGAUUUAGGUGCUUCCCCUGGAUCUUGGACACAGGUUGCCGUUCAAAAAACAAAUUCUGAUGGGGCAGACACAACAAAGCCCAAGGGAAAAGUCCUUUCUAUUGAUAAGCUGCAGAUAUUCCCCAUAGAGGGAGCUACUAUAAUGAGUAAUAUGGAUUUUACUACAACUGAAGCCCAUGGCAAAGUGGUUGACGCAUUAGAUGGUAUGAAAGUGGAUUUGGUUCUAUCAGACAUGGCUCCGAGUGCUACUGGUGUUAAGGAAUUAGAUAAAGACAGAAUAAUUGGCCUUUGUUAUAAUGCCAUAAGGUUUGCAGCAUUAGUCAGUAAGAUUGAUGGAAGUUUACUUUUUAAGGUGUGGGACUGCAAAGAGGUAUCCAUGCUAGGAAUGGAUUUAGAAAAGUUUUAUAGAAAUAUUAAAAUAAUAAAACCAUUAGCCAGCAGAUCUGAAUCUGCAGAAAAGUUUAUACUUGCGAGAGGAUUUCGAGGUAUUCAGAGGCCAUUAAGAAAUGGACAAUGGAGCUGA